CAUGUGGCGCUGCGGCGGGAGGCAGAGUCUCGGCGUGCUACGGAGGCUGAACGGCGGCGGAUCCAGCCCCGCACAACCCCGAGUGUGGAGGGAGAAGAGUGACGACGCCUGUGAGCGAGCGCUACAGUACCAAGUGGGGGAAAAGAUCCAUGGGUUCACCAUAAACCAGGUCACCUCUGUUCCCGAGCUCUUCCUGACUGCCGUGAAGCUCAGCCAUGACGCUACAGGAGCCCGGUAUCUACACCUGGCACGGGAAGACACCAACAACUUGUUCAGUGUACAGUUCCGCACCACGCCCAUGGACAGCACCGGCGUCCCGCACAUUCUGGAACACACGGUGCUGUGCGGGUCGGAGAAGUACCCGUGUCGAGACCCUUUCUUCAAGAUGCUCAACAGGUCGCUGUCCACGUUCAUGAACGCCUUUACAGCGAGCGAUUACACCAUGUACCCGUUCUCCACCCAAAACCCCAAGGAUUUCCAAAACCUCCUCUCCGUGUACCUGGACGCCACGUUCUUUCCCUGCCUGCGGGAACUGGAUUUCUGGCAGGAAGGAUGGCGACUGGAACACGAGGACCCCAGUGACCCCCACUCGCCGCUGAUCUUUAAAGGGGUCGUGUUUAACGAGAUGAAGGGAGCGUUUACCGAUAAUGAGAAGAUAUUCUCACAGCACCUUCAGAACAAACUCCUCCCCGACCACACGUACUCCGUGGUCUCGGGGGGCGAUCCCCUGUGCAUUCCAGAGCUCUCCUGGGAGCAGCUUAAGCAGUUCCACGCCACCCACUACCACCCAAGCAACGCGAGGUUCUUCACUUACGGCAGCUUUCCACUGGAACAACACCUGAAACAGAUUCACGAAGAGGCGCUGAGUAGAUUCCAGAAGAUUGAGCCGAGCACCACGGUGCCAGCCCAGAACCGCUGGGAUAAGCCAAGGGAAUUCCAGGUCACGUGCGGCCCAGACUCACUUGCCAGGGAUGCCUCUAAGCAAACGACGGUCAGCGUCAGCUUCCUCCUCCCCGAGAUCACAGACACCUAUGAAGGCUUCACAUUAAGUCUCCUGUCUACCCUCUUGAUUUCUGGACCCAAUUCCCCCUUCUACAAAGCCUUAAUUGAAUCUGGACUGGGCACAGACUUUUCCCCCAAUUCUGGCUAUAACGGCCACACGAAGGAUGCCUACUUCAGCAUUGGCCUUCAAGGAAUUGAAGAGAAAGACAUUGAGACAGUCAGACACCUUGUGGACAGAACCAUCGAUGAAGUCGUGGAGAAAGGAUUUGAAGAUGAUCGCAUUGAAGCUUUGCUUCAUAAAAUGGAAAUACAAAUGAAGCACCAGUCUACCCGCUUUGGACUUGAACUGACAUCAUACAUUGCAUCGUGCUGGAACCAUGACGGGGACCCGGUGGAGCUCCUGCAGUUGGGAGACCAGCUGACCAGGUUCAGACAGUGUCUCAAGGAAAACCCCAGAUACUUGCAAGAAAAAAUGGAACAGUAUUUUCAGAAUAAUCAGCAUAAGUUGACUUUGUCGAUGAAGCCAGAUGAGAUGUAUUAUGAGAAACAAACGCAAAUGGAAACAGAAAAACUCCAGCAGAAGCUCGAGUCUCUCUCCGAGGAGGACAAACAAAAGAUCUAUGAGAAAGGUCUGGAAUUGCUGGACCAGCAGAACAACCCUCCGGAUGACUCGUGCCUGCCGGCCUUGAAAGUCUCCGACAUCGAGCCCACCAUGCCGUGCACGGAGCUGGAGGUGGCCACCUCAGCUGAAGCCGUCCCCGUGCAGUACUGCGCCCAGCCCACCAACGGCAUGGUGUACUUCCGGGCCUUCUGCAGCUUGAACACGCUUCCCGAGGAGCUGAGACCCUACGUGCCGCUCUUCUGCAGUGUGCUCACCAAGCUGGGCUGUGGCAUUCUUGACUACAGAGAGCAGGCUCAGCAAAUCGACCUGAAGACGGGGGGCAUGACCGUGUCUCCCCAGGUGUUCGGGGACGACUCCGACCUGGACGCCUACGAGCAGGGUGUUCUCUUUUCAUCUCUCUGCCUGGAUCGAAACCUACCGGACAUGAUGCAUCUGUGGAGUGAAAUAUUCAACAACCCGAGCUUCGAAGAGGAAGAGCACUUCAAAGUGUUAGUCAAGAUGGUGGCGCAGGAGCUCUCCAAUGGCAUCCCAGACUCCGGGCAUCAGUACGCGUUCGUCCGCGCCAGCAGGACCCUCACGUCUGCCGGGGACCUGGAGGAGACCUUCAACGGCAUGGACCAGGUGAGGCUGAUGAAGAGAGUCGCAGAGAUGACGGACAUCAAGCCAGUCCUGAGAAAGCUGCCGCGGAUCAAGAAGCAUCUGUUGACCUGUGAUAAUAUGAGGUGCUCCGUGAACGCCACUCCUCAGCAGAUUGCCCCGGCCGCAAGGGAGCUGGAAAACUUCCUCCGGAACGUGGGGCGAAGUAAGAAGGAACUGAGGCCCGUGCGCCCCCACGUGGUCGAGAAAGCUGUGCCCGGCCACUGCGGCGGAAGCUCCGACAGUGACGGCUCCCCGAUGAUACGGAAGCUGGUCACGGACCCCACGUUCACCCCCUGCCAGAUGAAGACUCACUUCCAGCUCCCCUUCCCGGUGAACUACGUGGCCGAAAGCGUCAGGACCGUGCCCUACACCGACCCGGAUCACGCCAGCCUCAAGAUCCUUGCGCGGUUGAUGACUUCGAAAUUCUUGCACACAGAAAUUCGAGAAAAAGGGGGUGCUUACGGGGGAGGCGCUAGACUGAGCUACAAUGGGAUUUUCACUCUUUACUCCUACAGGGACCCAAACUCAAUAGAAACGCUCCAGACUUUCGGGAAGGCCAUAGACUGGGCUAAAUCUGGGAAGUUCACACAGCAAGACAUCGACGAAGCCAAACUUUCCGUGUUCUCCGCAGUGGACGGGCCCGUUGCUCCUUCUGACAAAGGAAUGGAUCACUUCCUGUUCGGCCUCUCCGAUGAGAUGAAGCAAGCUCACCGGGAGCAGCUCUUCGCCGUGAGCCACGACCAACUCACGGCCGCGAGCCACGAGUACCUUGGCGUUGGGAAGAGCACACAUGGCCUGGCCAUUCUUGGACCAGAGAAUGUGAAAAUUUCCAAGGACCCAUCAUGGGUCAUCAGAUAACGGGCCACGAGUGUCGGUGAUCCGUCAUGGAGCAUAAUAAGACAGCAGACCACUCAGCUGGACUCAAACUCAGGACGUCCAUGGGCGGGGGC